AUGGCGACUGGAAUAAAUUUCAGUCCAAUGGAUGUCAUCAAAUUGUCAAGAAAUACAGAAGAGCGGAUACCAAACAAAUAUACUCAUAGGCCUAUACCAACUAGUUUUCAGAAACACUCUGCAAAGAAACCUUGGCCAAAACACAGCACUGAACUCGAUCCUAAUGACAUCCAUGGACAUUUGAAAGAAUGUGUGAUUCUUGGAGAACGUGAGGUUUUUUUCCGACUUCUGUGUAACUGCGAAGACUCUUUUUUACAUUCCAAAGAUCAUCGGAAUCGCAGUAAUAUCGAUGACAUUCUGCGACUUGCCGUUGAAAACGGUCGUUGUGAUAUGGUCGAAACGUUGCUCGGUCGAGGAGCUGAUGUGACCAUAAGUGUGAACAAGUUAAGUUUGUUGGAAAUAGCUACCAAGUCUCGAGAUUUAGAUCUAAUCAAGGUGUUGGCAAAAUACGAUGAUAUCAAAGCUGUAAAUGUUCGAGGGGAAAAUUUGUUGUUCUCAACCAUAAUGGCAGAGGAAUCGGUGAACACCAAUGAAGAAAUAUUUGAUUAUUUGUUAAGGGAAGGAGUAGAUCCAAAUCAAUUAUCACAUAAUGGAAAACACCCACUUCAUGUUGCUGCGAUACAAAGUGUCAAGGCAAUUGAGAAACUGUCUAGAACGGGAUGUGACGUCAAUGUUCAGGACAACAUAUUGGGCGACACUCCUCUUCAUAACGCUUGUAACAGAUGCUGUGAAGACAAUAUAAUACCUCUACUCGGAUAUGGUGCAAAUAUGAAUGCGCUCAAUAAUCUUGGACAAACGCCUCUCGAAAAACUUUUAGCUGUGGCAUCAGGAUCGGAUUUUCAUUCACGGACCAGAAGGGAAUUAGCAAAACGUCUUAUGGCAAUUGGAUUCAAUGUGAUAGAGCCAAAGGAAACACCACAGCGACGUAGAAACAAGGGUGUGGAACUGUAUCAAAGACUUCAACAAAAUCAAAGUGACAUUCUCAGCUUAAAAUGUCUGUGUAGAAGAGAAAUAAGGAAUCAUGUCAGUGGUAUUAAUUUCAAUCUAGCAAUAAACAAAUUAGAAAUACCACUGUCUUUAAGACGGUAUUUGUGUUUUGUUGAUGGAAAAUGA